ACGCAUCUACUGACGCGACGUCAAAGGAUCCGGGAAGAGUCGACCUUCUGCUGUGUCACCGCUGUUGCGACCGCGAGAACAAUGCCUUUGAAGAGUGCAGUCUCGCCCGCAGCCUUGCGUGUCAUUCGCGUGGCGUUUGAAGACCUCGAGCGAGCCGUGACGCCAGUGGAUGGGAGGGAAUUCGAGAACACGACGCUGCAGAAUGUCAAAAAGACAGCUCUUGAGAUCGAGACUCGCCUUGCGGCCCGUCAGUCGCUGCGGAACAUGCGCCGGCUCAUGCCUCUCUUCACGGGCCUGGAGCACUACUCCAAGGCGAUGGAGGUCCUUUGCAAUGGCACCCCGUUUCUGCCUUGGAUAUGGGCUCCUAUCAAGUUGAUUCUACUGGUCUCCUCGGACUAUGUCGAUGCAUUUGACACAGUCAUCACGCACUACUCCCGCAUAGCCGAGUCCCUCACAAGAUUCGAUUUCCUGAACAACGCGUUCAACAAUAACGCAGAGUUCCAGAAUGUUCUGGCUGUCUUCUACUCCGACAUCUUGCGAUUCCAUAAGGAGGCGUACAAGUUCGUUCGGAGAAGCAGUGAGUUUAAUCACUUUAUGGGCGCGCCCUCAAGGAGAAUGUCGGCAUAUCUGACAAGGGCUUCAGGCUGGCAUCUCUUUUUUGACACCUCCUGGGGACGGUUUCGGCGCCGGUUCGAUGACAUUCUUGCCAAUCUCAAGGCUCACGAAGACCUCCUGGACAAGACUGCAAACGCUAUUAACAUUGCGGAAGCACGAGACCAAAGAGCAGCCAUUGAACAACGGCGAAAGGAGCAGCUCGAAGAAGUCGCAAAGCAGGAGAAGAGCAAGGCCUCGCAGCAGUACUGGGAAAUAGUGGCCUGGCUCAAGGUCGACCAGACGGACCAGAGUCUAAUUCUCGACUGCAUCACGGAAGAAGCCUUGAAACACCCCGGGGGGUGCGACUGGAUCCUGAAAAUCGACAACAUGAAGUCGUGGAUGCGAGAUCGGCCAGAUACCCCGUUCCUGUGGCUCCAGGGGAAUCCCGGUAGUGGCAAAAGCGUCUUGGCGGCACAGAUCGUCGGCUUCCUGCAAGCAGCACACCACUCUCUCGUCAUCAGUCAUUUUUGCACGUACUCUUACGCAUCAUCGACAAGAUACGACCUCAUCUUACGAUCGCUGCUCCUGCAGUUGAUCGAGGGCAAUCAAGAUCUUGUUGCCUAUGUUCACAGGCUCAAGGAAACCGAGUUGGCCAAUCGAUCAGUCACCUCACAAGCCCUAGAGAAGCUGAUCCAGAUCAUUGGCGGUGCGGUAUCCCAGAGCCCCGGCGAGACAAAGUACGUCCACAUUGUGCUAGACGGGCUUGACGAAUGCGAAGAAGAGAAGCAGGGCAGACUCAUAGGUCUUUUGGAACGGCUGGCGUCCACAACAGGUUCGUCGAAUGGCGCUACCUGCAAGGUGCUACUUCUGAGCAGGGCAUCGGGAUUUCUCAAGAAGCGUUUCCGGAAAAAGGCAACAAUAUCUCUGACCGAGGAGAAGCCGCAUCUCGAAGGGGCGAUCAGAUUAUAUGCUGGUCACAGGCUUGGGUCCCUUCGCCAACGCCUGUUUCCGAUGGGCAUUAGUGAUGCAGACAUCAAAGACAUGGCUGCCACGAUUGCACAGAAAGCAGACGGGAUGUUUCUUUGGGCACGACUGGUCCUUGGAUACAUCUCCAAGAACAUGUUCUACAGAAAGGAUGAGAUCCUAGACGCCGUUCAAACUCUGCCCCGCGAGCUGGGUGAUUUUUACCGCAAAAUCCUGACCCAGAUCCGGGGAAACUUUGACGCCAGAUCCACCGAGCGGCUAAAGUCCAUCUUUGGCUGGAUAGCGUUUGCCAAGCGGCCUCUCAAGAUGUUUGAAUUCCAGUCAGCAUUGGCGUUCAGCUCUGGCGACUUUGAUGUUGCCGAAGUUGUGCCAUCUUACCUGUUCAGCAUGUGCGCGCCGCUCAUCGAAGAGAGAAGGGACUCGACCUUUUCGUUCAUCCACGUAUCUGUGAAGGAUUAUCUCCAGGGUGAAGAGGGUGGACACAUGGUAUCCGAGACCGCUGCCAGCUAUGAACAUGCUCUCACCUCAGUUACAUGCCUUGUCUCCGGACUGGAUGUGUUUGGCCCAGGAUCCUCAGAUCACGAGCGAAAUUUACGAGUCUUGAAGGGUUUGCAUGCUUUUCACGUCUACGCAAACGAGUACUGGCUAGACCAUCUUCUUGCCGUGGGGGCAUCAGAUCGAGGGUUCGACCACUCUUCUGAGCUGUACUCUCUGAUGAGCCAGCUAUCCUCCAAGCUAGACCCGCUUAAAAGGUCGAAUCCCGAGAAGCGACCUCUCCGGGAAGCGGGCGCCCUGGAUGCUCAACUUCUGUGUCUGAAGAGCCUUGCCGGUCUCUACGACAGCGGAAGAUCCACUCUAGAGGCAAGACUGGCAAAGUCUCUUAAUAAAUGCGCCACUGACCAAGACUGUAAUGACGGAUCCGUGGAUCUUCGCGGCACCCUUGCAACAUACCAGUCGACGAUUCAGUCACUCCUCGCCCGCCGAGACUUCCCGGGAGUUUCCAUGGAAGACCUCGAGCGAUUCAAGAAAUCACACCGAACCUCCGCGUAUACCUGCCGCCUGGGUGCGUGCGCUCGAGCAACAGUUGGCUUUGAAAACGACACGCUCCGGACCGAGCACGAGCGAAGCCAUGUUCAACGCUUGUACUGCGAGCAUCCCGGAUGCCAAUAUCCGGCCUUUGUUUCUACUCGGGCUUUGAGAAAUCACCUCAACCAAUACCAUGACGAAGGCAGCCAAGUAAAGCCCAAGAAGACCAUUCGAGCGCCGAAGGUCACAGGCGUUCAGAAUCACCUGCAGGCCCCACAGAUACAACAACAACAACAACAACAAC